GACCGUUUUACACCCUACCGCAAGCCGGCUGCAUCGAAGUUCUCCUCAUGCCACCAUGUGGCAUUGUCAAUGCCAUCUGGUCCACGCAUUCGUGGCUUACACAAUAGACGACAUACACAAAGAAUGCUAUGCACGGUCAUAAACCGAUCAUGGAACUGGUAUAAAUUCAGCCUCAGGCGCAAUGGCUCCGACCUUCGCCCAAGCUUGCUCUGACGAUGUCUGCGAAGGCCCCUCUCCGAAAGCGCGCCCGGAUUGGAUCUCCACCGCCCCAACUCUCUUAUCUCUCCGCGAAGUCUGUCACUCCAACUGCCUCACUGAUCGACAGAUUUCCGAACGAGCUGUGGUAUACAAUCCUCAAGUCUUGCUCAGCUGCUGAUCUGUGCUGCUUACGCACCGCGCACCCCCAUCUUCGCACUCUUGUUGACGACAAGAAAAUGAGGCUUCUCAAGGAGGCCUUCAGAGGCACCGGUCUCCCUUCAUUCUCUGAUAUUGAGGCGCGCUGGCCGGAAUAUGAUCUGAGUUGGUUUUCUGCCGCCUUCAUGCCGACAGUCGAGGACAAUGCCACCGCGUACAUCCUUAUGAUGUGCGGAGGACGGUGCUCUGUUUGUGACGCGUGGACUGGUGCGCCGCCUUUCUCAAGCAAUUUGUGUGUUCGUCUGUGCGGAUCUAGCGACUGCACUGCUCUAAUGUUCUCAAAUGCGUAUUCGCGCCGCGAAGGAUGCUCUGAGGAUGAAGACUUGUCUUUGCCGACCGAAGCGAGUUACUGGCUCCCAUAUCUACAUGUCAUCGGACCGACCGCGCAGCCUCCCUCGCGCGGUUCCUGCGUGUGGUACGGUUUAUGGCCCUACCUCCAACGUCGUGACUGUAGAUACCUUCUCUGCAAUAUCCGCCAGGCAUUCGACGAACUGUCUGCCAUUGAUGGGGAUUGUCGACCAAGCGAUGGUGCCCCGGCAUGGUCCCUCAGCGCCUGCCCGCAGUCAGACGACAUCGACGAUCUUCUUGAGAAAUAUGGGACACGUGCUAUCGCCCACGAAGCAAUGGAGACCAUAUUCCUCGAGAUCGCGGAGUGGAGGCAAGGGAACCAAGUCGCCAGCGCCCCCAUCCGCGAGGCCAAUCUACACACCCUGCGCACGGUCGUCAACGACUUGCACAUGGACUUCGGGCUGAUUCGCAAAGACCCGCUUACCCAGCGAGUACUUGCAGCCCACGCCCGCGACCUCGCCCUCGUCUACCCGUCGACUUUCCUGUAUCUGAGUCCUCCGCCCCAGUCCGGAAGUCACGAGGAUGGGCCCAUCGUGCAAGCCGAGGAAGCUGAAGCUACCGUGGCCUCGAGCGAAGAUCUCAGCGACGGCGCGGACGCGUCCGCAGCGUCGUCUUCCCGCCGUCCCUCACGCCUCAUAAAACGCAGAGCAAAGCCGGAUCGCAAGGCGCGGAAGCAGUGCAAGCUUGCUCAGGCUCGGUUCGCUUGUAGUGAAUGCCUGCACACGCAGUUUACUGCGAGGUCAGAGCUCGAUCGGCAUAUGUCAGAGAGCCAUGGCGAGUCGACUUCGUCGUCGUGUUGUGUGGCUUGAAAGUAUUCUAGCGAUGACGAUAGAAGAGAUGUCAAUUUAUGAGGAUAAUUCCCGUAUACAAGAGGACGAGAAAGCUGGCCAUCUUCGUAGAAGGGAUAUAACCGAAUGUCCAAUAUCAGCUAGC